AUGCCCAAGGAGCCGCGGACAUUCGACUCGCUACCGGUGGAGCUUGUGCUGUAUGCCUUCUCGCUGCUGGACCGGGCGACGCUCGGGCGUGCGGCGCAGGUGGCGCGCAAGUGGCACGCCCUCGCCAACGACGGCUCGCUGUGGCGGGUCCUUGACCUUGUUCCCUUUGCGGCGCGGGUCGACGACUCGGUCCUCGUCCGCCUCGUCUCGGCCCAUCCAGCAAUCCGCAUCCUCCGUGUCGCCGGCAGCGUGACCGAUGCUGGUGUCGCCUUUGCCCUCGGCCGCCUCACCGGCCUUGUCGAGCUUGACAUGGGCGCCGCCGCCCGGGUCUUCCGUGCAUUUAACGCCUACGGCCCGCAGCUUCCACUCUCGCUCACUGAAAUUGUCCUCCCGGACGUGGCGUAUCCGCGGCCGGGACGAAUGCCGCGGCUGGUGCUGGCCGAUGAGGCGGGAGGUGCGAGCUCGAGCGCCGCCGGCGCCGCACCAAGCGCGAGCUCAGAGCCGUCGUCGCAGGCAUCACAGCUCUCACCGCGGCCCGGCCGGCUCGCCGAGGCGAUGGUUGAGGCGCUUGGUCGCGGGGCCGUGGUGGCACCCGAGGCGCUCUUUGUCCUCGACAUCCUGGCGUCGGCGCCGCGGCUGCGUCGGCUGGUCGUCCGCCGCGAGGCGUUUGAGUGCGGCGACUGGGUGGUGGCCCUCGCGCCGCGACUCUGUCCUAAGCUCGAGGUGCUCGAGCUCGGCGACGAGUUCCUCGGCGAGGCCAUUGAGGGCUUGUUCUCGGUCUCGGUAGCUGCGCUGCGGGCCCUGGCGGCGGCGCGACCUCCGCUCCGCGAGCUCGUCCUCACCUUUUGCAAGGUCUUUGGCGACAGUGGCGAUCGUAGGCAGCUGACCGGUGGAGGCGGAGACGAUGAUGGGUCGUACCUGGACGCUCUGUCAGGGCUUGAGGCGCUCGAGGUGCUGCGGCUGCGGCAGACGGACGUGCUGUCACCGGUGAGCCGGCAGCUGGGACUGGGCAGUAGCUUUGAUGCGCUGCGCGUGCUCGAGGUGCCGGCUGGGCAGCUGACGGAGAGGGAGGUCAACAUCCUGUUUGGCGCCAUGCCAGUGCUGGAAGAGUUUGUGGUCUCAGCAGUGUGGUUUCUGGGCACUGAUCCGGAUCCAUGGAUUGACUGGCGCAAGGUGCCGCGGCUCCCGCCCAAGCUCCACACGGUGGCGCUUGACUACUCGUUCGGCUUUGUGGAGCACUUGCUGACCAACCUCGGGGCGCGGCAUCAGCUGCGAUCACUUGCGCUCAAGCGGUUCCACAUGGGCCGGCAUCCGGUAGGCUUUUCCAUCCGCGAGCUCCUCGACUACAUUGUCCGCGACGCGCCCGGCCUCGAACGGCUGCACCUCUCGGUGUGGCGCGAGCCGGCGGACCUGUCGACGUACGAUGCGAACCUAUUGGCCGGGCCGGGCGUUGGGCUUAAACUUGGGCUGGUUCUCGACGGCCUGCCUGUGCUGCGCGAGCUCAAGCUCGACGGCUUUGCGCUCUCGCACUCGAACUGCGCGCCGCACGCGCUGGUGAGUGUCGAGCUUAGGCACUGCACCUACGUCCAGUCGCUGCUUGAGGUGGCGUGGCUGGUGGGCGUGGCGCCGCAGCUCCGCCGGCUGGUCCUCACCCAUGUCGAGGCCUUCUCCGAGCUCGAGCUCGGGAUGGUGCUGGGCAUCGGGCGGCGGCUGACGAGCCUUGAGCUCAGCUGCAUGGGCCCGCAGGGCAGCCGCGGGCUAGCGGCGUGGCGCGCGCUGGCAGCACGGGUGAUGCGGAGCAACUGGAACGCAAACUGGAGCUGA